GAAGCUCCAGUCCCCGAUUACUCAUCCGUCCUAAUCGAUUCGUGUGUGCUUAGUGUAGUUGCGCCUUCAAGUGCCAUGUGAGGCCAUUAUCAGUGCAGUGUGUUGGGCCAAUUCAGUGUAAAGUGUUAAAAAAAAUCAGUAAAUAAGAAUUACCCACCCAGCCAUGGUGUACUCGAGUCGUGAAAAUUUUACCGCCACCAUGCUUGGGGGAGGUGGAUCCGGAUUGGAGUACGGCGGCGAUUCCCGGAUGUCCGCGCUGGUGGACGAAACCGUGGUGAGCGAUUGGCAGAUUAGCUCCGGCCAGUUGCCCCCGGCGCCGGUUUGGGGCAGUUCGGGACCCCCGAUUCCGCCGGUGGUGGCCCCACCCGUCGUCAACUCGCCCAAUUUGGAUGACCUUACGGAGGAACAGGUAAGUCGUGGUCAAUCGACGACUGUACGGACCCUUAAGACCCAUCAUCAUCAAGCCGAACUUCCCUUCGUUUGCAAACCGGAGAAGGGGGGGCAGGAAUAUAAUUGAUUCCAAUCACAUCUAAUGAAGCAAGCGAAAUCACUUCAAACCUUGAUGCUGAUUGGGGCUCGAAACUUGGCACAGGGUGCGCCUGUGGAAGUCGUGUGUACGGUAUGGCGUGUCCGGGGGUGAGGUCACUCCACCAAUUAGUCAUCAACUGCCCAAGCGCCAAAGCUUGGCGUGGAAGUUUGGCUUUUCAAUUGUUAAGGGGGCACACGGUUUCAAACGAGCUGCAGCAGAGUAACCAAAUUGUAGUAAGUAAACGCGGAACGCAACGUCGUCGUCGUCGUCGAGGCCGGAAGGAAGAAAGGACGGACCACUCGAACCGUAUACUAAUUAAAUCGGAAAAAAUAAUUGAUUUUUUAACGAUCAGCAAACAUGGGGCAGCAGCAACCGGUGAGCAAAUUUGGUGCUGCACCGUACUGUGGUUUUCAAGCCCGAUAGAGAUUGUGCAUUUUCGAUGGCCGGUCGUACUUGCGGUGGUGUCCAACUAGUGAUGGAAAUUUCUGCGUGGAGGCCGUUCACGUUUGUUUUCACCUAGGAUUAACGGUGGUUUCAUGCAAAA